AUGGGCUGCAGCUGGAGCAAAAGUGGGUCGAUACCUCAAACACCAUGUGUCACCAUGUGGGUGAUUAAAGUCUCGGACUUUCUGGACAUGGAUUUUCCUUUACCCCAACAUGAGGAAUGUCUUGCAGCUGGCCUUCUGCAUCGCGCCAACAAAUCGGUGUGGUGCAUUUUUGUAUCACACCAAUGGCUCGGGAAGAGACACCCGGACCCGGGUGGACAUCAAUUUAAAGUCUUGCAAGAUGCCUUGAGAAAUGUCAUUGCAGGGACCACCAAGGUGUCGCGAGAUAUCGCGAGCGAGUUCUACGGGGAUUCUCAUAGCAUGUCAGAUGAGGAUCGAGGACGACUACGUAACGCCUACCUGUGGCUGGACUGGCUCAGUGUUCCUCAGCAUCGAGUUGCCGUUGACCAAGUCUCCGAUCUUCCUGAUUCGAUGCUAUCCCACAGAGCUGUUCUGGAGAAACGUGGACGGCUUACAACGCAGGAUGUGCACAUUUUGUCCAUUCCUGAUUAUGUACAGUACUCGGAUGUGUUUCUGGCUUUGACCCCAGUCUUGCCUCACAAUGACACUGGUGAGCGGUGCAACUACUGCAGCUGGUUCGAGCGAGGUUGGUGUCGGAUGGAAAUGUGGUGCAAGAUGCUCUCGGAGAAAGCCAGCAGCGCCAGCAUGCCGAUGAUCGUGGUCUCAGCGCCCGACCGAGUGACCCUCGAAACGCCUCUCCACUGGACGGAUCGUCCUCCACAUGAAGGAAGGGUCACCUUCGAAGCGGAUCGUGCGGUGAUCUUUUCCAUCAUGAAGCAUCUGCUCCAGCAGAGGCUCAAGUUCCUGGCAAUGCAAAACAAGAAAGACAGCUACUACUACCUCUUGGCAAAGUACGAGACCAUGCUCGGCUUGCCAAGGUGUGAACGAUCUUUAUCAGAUUUCCUGGUGUACUUCGGCUUUGGCUCCAAUCUUGCAUCUGCGAAGAAGUGCAAUAGGAACAUUGGGCCCAUGGCAUGUGCAGUGAUCUCCGGAGAUUGGGCGAUCAUCCCCAAACUUCACGAGAAUGGUUUCUCUGUAAACAUCCAUUUGAAGCCCAUGAUCGAUGUGCGAAUUAUGUCAAGCCUUACUCUCGUACAUUUGGCCGUUGAUGUGAGUUGGAGGCAGCCUAAAGUAUUGGAAACCUUAUUGAAGCUGAAAGCAGAUCCCAAUUCCACAGAUGAUGUCGGCUAUCCCGUCCUGGGCUUCUGUCGGACGCAACGCGAUGUGGAAUUGCUCGUGGCGAGCAGAGCGGACGUGAACCUGCGAAAUGCUCCAUCCAAGCAACUGGCAAUCAGUGUGGCUUGUGAGUAUUGUCAACCGCCAGAGGUGAUUUCGAAGUUGUUGGCCUGUGGCUCCCUCAUCGAUCCACCUGACAACGGCGGCUUGGGCUGUCCUCAUCCACUGGCUUUCUUGAGUAUUUGGGCGACCGCAAACCCGGAUGUCUUGGAGGUGGCUCAGAUGCUCAUUUCAGCCAGAGCUGACGUGAACCAACAAUGUGUGGCCAGUGGAUACUGGCGAGCACUCGAAAUGGCAAGUCGAGCCUAUCUCCAAGUUUGCGAUUCCUCUUCCACCUUGGUGCACUACUUCGCCGAAUGGAGUACGACACCUUUGGGAAUGGCUUGCUUUUUUGGCAGUGAAGAACUGGUUGAUCUUCUCCUCACCGCACGGGCAGAUCCACAUCGCCGCAACCGUCGUGGGCACACGCCCAUACAGUUAGCGCAAACACAAAGAGUUUUAGAAGUGAUUGAUGCCAGGCUAGCACAUUCACAAGCUGAUCGGUCAAGCUGUUCAGCCUUUUCCGUCUAG